CUCGCCACGAAUUUGAGCCCCACUCUUGACUCUUGAGUGGACUUGGAUUCAGAUCCAGGUUCCAGCAAUUACAGUUCUUCACCAGAGCCGGCGUCGAGUGGUUGACGAACGCAGCAUCGGAAUUUGGAAGAGCUGUUGGAUCUGCUUCUAACCGGCGAAUCCCUAUUUUCAUAUUUCGUACAAAGCGACUCUUUUGACAGACAUUUAGAAGCUUGUGUUGGAUGAAGUACACUUGAUAGAUGGAUGCUUCUGUGACAAAGACAGUGGGUGACUCCUAUGGUGAGACUCAUGAUAUCCAGAAAGCUGGAUUUGAGGGAGUAUUUGUUGGGGAUUUGGCUUUUGAGGAGGAUGUAAACAGUGACGAUGUAUCAUUGGAUGGACUACAGGAAGAGCUGGAAGAAUGUAAGAAUGAUGAAGUGGUUACAGAUAUAUUGUCUAAAGGCACAAAACUAAGGGAUUAUGCUAAGGGUGUUGAGAACAAUGUACGCCAAGUUGAACUGAAUUCGAUUCAGGAGUAUAUAAAGGAAAGUGACAAUUUAGUUUCUCUUCAUGAUCAAAUUCGUGAUUGUGACAGUAUUUUAUCCCAAAUGGAAACCCUUCUUGGUGGAUUUCAGGAUGAGAUUGGUUCUAUAAGUUCAGAAAUAAAAACCCUUCAGGAGAAGUCCAUGGAUAUGGGUCUGAAGCUGAAGAAUCGCAAGGUUGCUGAAUCAAAAUUGGAAAAAUUUAUUGAAGACAUCAUUGUCCCACCAAGGAUGGUUGACAUAAUUGUUGAUGGAGAGGUAAAUGAUGAAUACAUGAGGACUCUUGUGGUUUUAAGUAAGAAGCUGAAGUUUGUUCAAGUAGAUCCCAUGGUCAAAUCUUCAGAAGCUCUAAAAGGUGUUCAGCCUGAGUUGGAAAGACUUCGGCAAAAAGCUGUGUCGAAGGUAUUUGAGUUUGUUGUUCAGAAGCUUUAUGCCCUAAGAAAGCCCAAAACAAAUAUUCAGAUCCUUCAACAAAAUGUUCUUUUAAAAUACAAGUACGUAAUUCUCUUUCUCAAAGAACAUGGAAAGGAGGUCUAUAUGGAGGUUCGUGGAGCAUACAUUGACACAAUGAAUAAGGUUCUGAGUGCCCAUUUCCGGGCUUAUAUUCAAGCACUGGAGAAACUACAACUGGAUAUAGCAACAGCAAGUGAUUUGAUUGGAGUAGAGACCAGAAGUGCUGGCCUCUUUUCAAGAGGAAGAGAACCUUUAAAAAACCGAUCUGCUGUUUUUGCCUUGGGGGAUAGGAUAAACAUUUUAAAGGAAAUUGAUCAACCUGCGUUGAUUCCACAUAUAGCCGAAGCAAGCUCUCAGAAGUAUCCAUAUGAAGUCCUCUUCAGGAGCUUGCACAAGCUUCUUAUGGAUACUGCCACCUCAGAGUAUCUCUUCUGUGAUGAUUUCUUUGGUGAAGAAUCCAUAUUCUAUGAGAUAUUUACCGGUCCAUUUGCUGUUAUCGAUGAACACUUCAAUGCAAUCCUUCCAAAUUGUUACGAUGCUAUCGGCUUAAUGCUUAUGAUCCGCAUUAUACAUCAGCACCAGCUAAUUAUGUCCCGUCGGCGAAUUCCAUGCUUGGAUUCAUAUUUAGACAAGGUCAAUAUUGCACUAUGGCCUCGUUUUAAGAUGGUAUUUGAUAUGCAUUUAAGCAGCUUGCGUAAUGCAAAUGUGAAGAUAUUGUGGGAGGAUGAUGUUCAUCCUCACUAUGUAAUGAGACGUUAUGCUGAGUUCACAGCCUCACUUAUUCACCUCAAUGUUGGGGAUGGGCAGCUUGAAUUGAACUUGGAACGACUGCGAAUGGCUGUUGAUGACUUGCUCAUUAAGCUUGCCAAAAUGUUCCCUAAACCGAAACUGCAAACUGUUUUUCUUAUAAACAACUACGAUAUGACAAUCGCUGUGUUGAAGGAAGCAGGUCCAGAAGGUGGAAAGACACAGCUGCAUUUUGAAGAACUGCUAAAGAGCAACACAACAAUAUUUGUGGAAGAGCUACUACUAGAGCAUUUUGGUGAUUUAAUCAAGUUCGUAAAGACCAGAGCCUCUGAGGUCCCAAGUUAUACAUCAGAGAGACCUGUCACUGUUGCCGAUGUUGAGCCCCUUGUUAAGGACUUUGCAAGCAGAUGGAAGGCUGCAAUAGAGCUGAUGCACAAAGAUGUCAUAACUUCUUUCAGUAACUUCCUGUGUGGUAUGGAGAUCUUGAGAGCUGCAUUAACCCAGCUGCUGCUCUAUUACACUAGGCUUACAGAUUUCAUCAAGCGCAUAGUUGAUGGAUCAACGCUUAACAAGGAUCUUGUUUCCAUACCUUCAAUAAUGUUUGAAAUUAGGAAAUACUCAAGGACUUUCUAGUUUUACCAUUAUGUAUAGCUCCUAAACCAUGUCACCCUUUGUUGUU